GCCUAGUAGGUGACGACUGACGAGUGCCGGUGAAUGCGGUGAUCGAAGUGACAAGACUUUUCAUUAAAUUGGCUUAAAGCUAAGUAGACUCAGCAUGGUCCAUGGUGCAAUACUAGGAUCGACGGUACUUAUCGGCUUUAUUAUUUGUUAUUAAGUUUAUUAUCGGCGACAGUACCUAAUUUAGCCGCGGCAUUCCAUCGAUCAAUCGUUCGCCACUUCAGCGUCUUCAGCUUUUAAUUUAAGUGUUACCCAGAGCAUCAUGUAUGCCGUGCAGAGAGAAGUGCCGUGCACGGGCAGAUUGCAGAGUUUGAGCUCCAAAUUACUCCUAUCUAUGGAUCGUUUACUUCGUCUUGGUGGAGGCCUCCAAGCCCUUAGCCAAGGCACUUCUCCUACAGACUCUCCAGUUCCUGACACUGCUGAGCAGGUUUACAUCUCAUCUCUAGCCUUGCUAAAAAUGCUGAAGCAUGGCAGGGCAGGCGUUCCCAUGGAGGUGAUGGGGCUCAUGCUGGGACAGUUUGUUGAUGACUUCACCGUCUGUGUUGUUGAUGUCUUUGCCAUGCCUCAGAGUGGAACAGGUGUAUCAGUGGAGGCAGUGGAUCCAGUCUUCCAGGCGCGUAUGCUGGACAUGUUGAAGCAGGUAGGGCGGCCGGAGAUGGUCGUAGGCUGGUACCACUCCCACCCAGGCUUCGGCUGCUGGUUGUCGGGAGUGGACAUCAACACACAGCAGAGCUUCGAGGCGCUGUCCGAGCGCGCGGUGGCUGUCGUCGUGGACCCCAUCCAGAGCGUUAAAGGGAAAGUUGUGAUAGAUGCGUUCCGACUGAUCAACCCUAAUAUGGUGGUGCUGGGUCAGGAGCCCAGGCAAACAACCAGCAACCUGGGGCAUCUGCAGAAGCCUUCCAUACAGGCGUUGAUCCACGGCCUGAACCGGCACUACUACUCCAUCCCGAUCAAGUACCGCAUGAACGAGAAGGAGCAGCAAAUGUUGCUGAACUUGCACAAGAAGUCGUGGCUCGAGGGCCUCACGCUCACCGACUACACGAGCCACGCAGCCACCAACGAGACCACCGUCAAGGAUAUCCUGGGUCUGGCGCAGCACUACCACAAGAGCCUCGAGGAGGAGGAGAACAUGACGCCUGAGCAGCUCGCCAUCAAGAACGUGGGCAAGGUCGACCCUAAGCGCCACUUGGAGGACAAGGUCGACCUCCUCAUGACCGAGAAUGUCGUCCAGUGUUUAGGGGCUAUGCUCGACACCGUUAUUUUCAAGUGAUUAUUUUUGUAUUGUCCAGCCUAAUGUAACCUCACAUUAUCCAUUAUUCACAAGAGGAUUCUUCUAUAAUUUAAUAGCUCAAUGGUUUUUCUUAUCGAGUUACAUAUUAUCCGAGCCAUGGUAUUGGCAUUAUUGAUAGAUCGAAAUUCGAUGUCGUAAUGUUCAAAUCUAAUUUUAACUAUAACUAAAUGCUAUUUAAAAUAGCAUUAAUUAAGAUUCUUUUUCUAUAAAACGACAUGUCGAA